GAAGUAGCCAUUUUACACAAGAUGACGUUUGUUGACGAACAACUUGAUGAUAUCCUAGAGAAGGUUCUGGAAGAGUCCGGGGGUUUGGGGAAGCUUCAAUGGCUGCUCAUUUUCGUCAUUAACGGAAGUCGACUGGCAAUCACAUGGGGCAUUUUCAUGAUGACAUUUGCCGGGAGUACACCUGACUGGUGGUGUGUUUCGCAAAAUGGAACUUCCGGUUUAAAUGACGAUAGACUAGAAUCACUUAGAUCAUGCAGUCCCCUUGUCAACACCCCCGGUGGAUAUUCCUGUUUAUCGAUACGUUUUAGCAAAGAGAAAAACACAAUAGUGAAUGAAUGGUCCUUAAUUUGUUGGAAAGAAUGGAUAACGUCUAUCAUCACUACCAUGCAGUUUGUGGGACUUCUAACUAGUGGCUUUAUCGCGGGUCAAGUUGCUGAUCUGAUUGGUCGUAAGCCCACUUUACUCCUGUCCCUCACCCUCCUGGCCGCCAGCAACCUGCUCUGUGCAUUCUCUUCCUCCUGGGAAAUGUUUGCUAUUGCGCGGUUUCUGAUUGGUUUAGCCUGUGGGAUGUUCUUAACGGUGUACUUAAACUUUGUGCUGGAGUUUAUUCCCACUACGUACCGAGCGAUGAUAAUGGCGAUCGACACGUGUCCGAUUAAUGCAGCUCUUCUCGGUCUUGUUUCCUUCUGGUUGAAGGAUUGGCGGUAUCUACAUUUUGCGACCUUUCUUAUAACUCUUCCAUUCCUUUUGGGAAUGAUUAUGGUUCCCGAGAGUUUCCGGUGGCUGGUUUCCCACUUCAAAACUGAGAAAGCCAAGGAAGUUAUAGAGAAAAUUGCUAUCAUAAACGGUAAAGAAAGAACGGAUGUGACGAAACUGAUAGCAAUAAUUCAGAAAGAAACUGAAGAAGUGGUCAAAAAGAGUUAUUCAAUUUUGGAUAUAUUCAGAGACACAACGCUGACGAAGCACUCCUUCUUGCUUUGGUUUAUAUGGCUUUCUACCGGUUAUUCUUACUUUGCCAUUUCAUUUGGUGUGGAAGAGCUAUCUGGAGACCUUUAUCUUAAUAUAAUCCUCCUAAGUUUAGUGGAAAUCCCGGUACAAUUAGUCACGUGGUACCUUAAUAACAGUAUUGGCAGACGUUGGACAUUCUUUAUGUUUUAUAUGAUUGCCUUUUGUUUUUAG